AUGGAAACGCCGCUGUCGCCGUCGCCGCUGCCAUUGACGCUGCAAUUGGAUCCGAUAUGCGUGGAAGACAUUCCUGUGGACGACGAGUUCGAUCCUGUCGAGGAAGCACUACUGUCGCCGACGUCCAAGCAACGGUACCGCUCUGGCGCCCUGCAACACCGGUGCGGGUUUGGCUUUAUCAAGGGGGCGACGGUCCGCACAAAGUACUUUCGACUGCGAGACCACGGUCUGUUGGGGUACUUCUCUCAAGACGACCACACGGCGUCGUUGGAGAUCAUGUUCACACUGUUCACGACCAUCGAGGCGAUGCCGUCGACCAACACGUUUGUGCUGCGGUCCGUGGACAUUGUCCAGACAGCGACGUGGCUGAAGGUGGAGGACCCCGUGACGUUCAAAACCAACUCAGCUGACGAGCUCGAGACAUGGGUCGCCGACAUUCGCACAAAGCUCGACCUGAUGAAGCGCAAGGAAGACGCCAAGUCGUACCGGAAGCGUUCCAUGAUCCCCGUGCACAACGCAGACGAUUUGGUGUUUAGCAUCACGGACGACCCGCCGUACUACCGCACGUUCUCGCACAAGUUUCUGCUCCUUAACGAGAUUGGCGAAGGGUCGUUUUCGAUUGUCCGCAAAGCCGUGAACCGUGUCACAGCGGAAAUGUGCGCGGUCAAGUGCUCCAAGCACACUCCGGCGUUGCUCGAAGAAGUGGCCAUCCUUAAACAACUGCACCACCCUAAUAUUGUCAACUUGCAUGGGGUGUACAAGCUGGACGAGUUGUUUUACAUUGUGAUGGACUACAUGGCGGACGGCGACCUAUGCGACAAAUUGAUCCAGGUCCAAAAGUUCCCCGAGCCCCACGUCCGCCACGUCAUCACAAUGGUCGCGCGCGGCAUUCAGUACAUCCACAGCCUCAACAUUGUCCACCGCGAUAUCAAGCCUGAAAACAUCUUGCUGCACAAAACGUCCAUCAAGCUGGCCGAUUUCGGGCUUGCCAAGCGCAUUACGGAUCCAUCUGGUCAUUUUCAAAAAGGAUGCGGGACCCCCGAGUAUGCCGCGCCUGAGCUGCUGUACGGACGUCCGUAUGGCACCAAGUCGGAUCUGUUUAGCUUGGGGGUGGUCAUGUACGUGCUAUUGUUUGGGAACUUUCCGUUCACGGUGGCAUCGGCGGCGGCACUGCAGCGGCUGGACCGGUUCUCAGACGGCGAGGACAUUCGCGACAUGAGCUGCUUGCAUCCGUCCAACCCGAUUUGGAACACAGUGUCGGCCCAAGCCCAAGAAGUGUUGAGGGGGCUCUUGGCAGUCGAUCCAACUGAUCGGUACUCUGCCUCGGAUUUGCUCGCCCAUCGUUGGUUGACCCAAGGCAAUGUCACCCCCAGUGCUGGCUGUGAAGUGGAACCCACAUUGACCGACAACGACGACAGCGUUCGGAUUCAAAAUUGCAUCGAGAUGGGGUUUGCCGAGCUCAUUUGCCGAGGGUUUGAAGUGCUCAAACACAACCAGAACGGGAAAACUAGCCACGCGCACCGCACGACGCUGCGGUAUGACGUGGCCACCCACAGCGUGUCGUGGACACCGGCGUCAUCAUUGCACCAGCACCCGAAAAAACACUUCAAAGUGCACCCGCGUACGAUCUUCCUCAAGGACGUGGUCGCGGUCGCGUCGGGGUGCGACGCGUCGCGCGCGUUUGCAAAGAUGAAACAUCAGACGAUCAAGGACGACCACUGCUUGUCGCUCGUGACUGAGUCGCGGACGCUGGAUCUGGAGACAGAAACCAAGGGACAGCAGACGUACCUGGUCGAAGGACUCACGCGACUCGUGCAGAUGGCCAAGCAGCCGACCCUUCCGAAUGUCCAAGGGAACGUCAUCUCAACAAAGUAGUUGAUAGCACCAGUACACUGUUGGUUGUGGGUCGUAGUAUUAUACGAGUCAUAAAUAAGGGGGCCUAGCACGUAAAACUAUUGGUGAACAGCCCCAUGCCAGCAUGA